GAGAGAGAGAGAGAGAGAGAGAGAGAGAGUUGUAAGCAACAACACAUCGGAGAGAGAACAGGGAAGCAGCAGGCGCGCGGUACGGGGACCCGCCGGAAGAAGCAACAGCAGCAGCAGCUCCAGCGCGAGCUGGACACAGCCCGAGAAAACACAGGCAGCACGAGCGACGCUGAGGUGGUCAGCGGGGCGCAGAGGAGGAGGAACCUACACCUCGACUCGUUCUCCCCCGCUGCCUCCGUCGUCUCUCCCUCCCUCUCUCUCCUCGCCCCUCGUUCCUCUCGGACCGCUGCCGCCGCCGCCGCCGCCGCCGCUGCUUCCUCAUUAAGAUGGCUGACCCCAACAGCGACGGAGAGGUACCGGAGAGCGCGCGCGGCUUCGCCCGUCAGGGAGCUCUCCGCCAGAAGAAUGUGCACGAGGUGAAGAACCACAAGUUUAUCGCGCGCUUCUUCAAGCAGCCAACCUUCUGCAGCCACUGCACGGACUUCAUCUGGGGCUUUGGGAAACAGGGAUUCCAGUGCCAAGUGUGCUGUUUUGUGGUUCAUAAGCGCUGUCAUGAAUUUGUCACCUUUUCCUGUCCGGGGGCCGACAAGGGACCUGCUUCCGACGAUCCUCGUAGUAAACACAGGUUUAAGGUCCACACUUACUCCAGCCCGACGUUCUGUGACCACUGUGGCUCCCUUCUCUACGGGCUGAUACACCAGGGCAUGAAAUGUGACCACUGUAUGAUGAACAUCCACAAGCGGUGUGUGACCAACGUCCCGAGCCUGUGUGGGACCGAUCACACCGAGAGGAGAGGACGCAUCCAAAUCUCUGCCCAGAUCGUUGACGACACUCUCACUGUCACCAUCAAAGAGGCCAGGAACCUGGUGCCCAUGGACCCCAACGGCCUAUCAGACCCCUAUGUCAAGCUCAAGCUGAUUCCAGAUCCCAAGAGUGAGAGCAAGCAGAAGACCAAGACCAUCAAAUGUUGCCUAAACCCCACCUGGAACGAGACCUUCACUUUCAACUUAAAAGAAACAGACAAGGACCGCCGUCUGUCAGUGGAGAUCUGGGACUGGGAUUUGACCAGCAGGAAUGACUUCAUGGGAUCCCUGUCCUUUGGGAUCUCAGAGCUACAGAAACAAGGGGUAGAUGGAUGGUUCAAGAUGCUGUCUCAGGAAGAAGGAGAAUACUUCAAUGUUCCCGUUCAGCCAGAUGGAGAAGACGGUAAUGAGGAGCUACGGCAAAAGUUUGAGAGGGCAAAGGUGGGGCCAGGGAAGCCCACAGACUCUUCUUCCUCCUCCUCAAUGUGCAAGUAUGACAGCAAUGGCAAUCAGGACCGGGUCAAGCUCUCAGACUUCAACUUCAUCAUGGUUUUGGGCAAGGGCAGCUUUGGCAAGGUGAUGCUGGCUGAGAGAAAGGGCACGGAUGAGUUGUAUGCCAUCAAAAUCCUGAAGAAGGACGUGGUGAUCCAGGACGAUGACGUGGAGUGCACCAUGGUGGAGAAGAGAGUGCUCGCUCUAGCUGGGAAACCACCUUUCCUCACUCAGCUCCACUCCUGUUUCCAAACCAUGGACCGAUUGUAUUUUGUCAUGGAGUAUAUAAAUGGAGGAGACCUUAUGUACCAGAUCCAGCAGGUCGGCAAGUUCAAGGAGCCCCAUGCUGUGUUCUAUGCUGCAGAGAUUGCCAUUGGAAUCUUCUUCCUUCACUCCAAAGGGAUUGUAUACCGGGAUCUGAAGCUGGACAAUGUGAUGCUGGACGCUGAAGGCCAUAUAAAGAUAGCCGACUUUGGCAUGUGCAAAGAGAACAUGUUAGAUGGAAUCACCACAAAGACGUUUUGUGGAACACCAGACUACAUUGCUCCGGAGAUCAUAGCAUAUCAGCCUUAUGGGAAGUCUGUGGACUGGUGGGCCUUUGGAGUACUGCUCUAUGAAAUGCUUGCUGGACAGCCGCCUUUUGACGGGGAGGAUGAAGAUGAGCUGUUCCAGUCGAUCAUGGAGCAUCACGUCUCUUACCCGAAAUCCAUGUCCAAAGAGGCUGUUGCUAUCUGCAAGGGGCUGAUGACCAAGCACCCAGGUAAGCGUCUGGGCUGCGGUCCAGAGGGGGAGAGAGACAUCAAGGAACACGCCUUCUUUCGCUAUAUAGACUGGGAAAAACUGGAGAAUAAAGAGGUCCAGCCUCCUUUCAAACCUAAAGCUUGUGGGCGUGAUGCGGAGAACUUUGAUCGCUUUUUCACACGCCACCCCCCCGAGCUGACCCCCCCAGAUCAGGAGCUUAUAGCCAACCUGGACCAGGAAGAAUUCCACGGCUUCUCAUUUGUUAACCCUGAGUACCCUCACACAACUCACUGACCAUGCCACAUAUCACUGGGCUGCACUAGUAAUCCCCGACAACUCGGAAACGCACAUUUAAAAAAACAAAAAAGACAAUCCCUAUGAUGUCAUAUCCAGGCAGGGUGAACGGAAUAGUUCAACAUUUUUGGAAGUACGCUUUUUUUUUCCUGAGACUUAGAAGAGAAAACCCAAAUCGAUCUCAUGUCUUUGCAUAAAGUAAGGAGCUGGAGCCAGGAGGAAAUUAGCUUAGCUUAGCAUAAAGACUGAAAGUGGGGGGGAGCUAGCCUGGCUCUCUCUCCAGUGUAAAUAUGCCUACUAGCACCUCUAAAGCUCAUUACCUGCAAGGCUGCUGUGGUCGCUCAGGAGUUUUCACCGUAAAAAAAACACAUUGACGUUGUUUUCUGUGUGUACGGAUUAAAUCAAAUCAAACAUCUUAAUUAGUAAACUAUAGUUCUGGAAGCUGUAUGUUUUGAGAAGGGCCAGGUGAGAUGUUUCCCCCCCAGCUUCCAGUAUUUAUGCUAAGCUAGGCUAAUCACCUCCUGUCUUUGGUACAGACAUAAGACUGUUAUCAAUCCUCUCAUCUAACUCGUGGAAAAGAAAUCAAAUAAGCGUAUUUCCCUAAAUAUACCAAUACUAUUUCUUAAAAUAAAGUUCAGAUGGAAAUGCGGAUAGUUGCUCAAACGUUAACAAUCAGGAGAAUUAAUCAGAUAUUCACGUGUCAAGUUGCUAGUAGGAGACUAGUCUUGUUUCCAGCGGUGACAUUGUUUUCAGUUUACUGUGGUUUAGCGCGUCAUGUGACUCUGGCUGCUCCCAUAUUAGCUCUACUGGUUGUAUUUCAGUCUUUAGUGCACAAACGUUGCUCGCUCCUGAAUGCCGCCCGGCUGCUCACACCAGCAGGUUCAUGUCGGGGGGCCCACUUCAAGGCCGACUCGAACCUGCUCUGUCUUCGUGUCACCCUCCCUGUGAUUGCAUAUUGACCUAUCAGUAAUAUUGAUGAGUGUACUAUGAGCACAUAUUUAAUGUUCAUACAGUGUAAGUAAAAACUGACCAAUUGCUUUGCUAUGAUUAUUUGAUUACUAAUUAGUUUCUCAAUGUUGACUUUAUUUUGUCUAUAGGACCAAAUAUUCUACACUUUCUGUUCUGUCAGUGUUGUGGUGAGCUUAAAUGUUUUUUGCUGAUCUAAUUUUUUAACCAGUCAGAGGAUAGAAGUCUUACAUACUGUACAUGCAGUCAGCAAGAGUGUAGGUCUGCGUCAAGGUAGUGGUUUUUAAUUGAAAUCUCAUUACUUUUCUCCUGAUUCAUCACUGAAAGCUUCACCACAUUACACUGUGUUUUUUAAAGACAUAUCUAAGCUUGUAAACAACCAUUUGUUUUGGGAGAAUUUCACGUAUGCCGAGUCUUGUGAAGCUGGUAGUUUGUUAGGAUGUCCAAAAGUGCCAAAAUAGGAUUCAGAAUCAUGAGGAUGUGGAAAAAUAUUGUCCUCAACAACUGUGAUGAAGGGCAGCCAUCUUGUGCCAUUUUGCAGUACAUGUGUAAUUAUUAGAAUAUGCAUUAUAGCUUAUCUGUUCUCCAACAAUACAAUACAAUACCUUCGGAAAGUCAUUUUCAUAUAUAAAAUGAAUGAAGACGUGUGUUCAUUGUGAGGCAGGUUGUAUUAUCUUUUUUUGUAACUGUGUAACACUGCAGGGUUGUAACAAUGUGUCAAAUCUUGUUCUUUGAGCUCGUAUCAAAAAGUGGAGGGGGCAUCAUGGUGACGUCACAGAUACACCAAGAUGCUCUCUGAUAAUGACGCUUGAUUCUGCCAGAUGGAAAAAGUAAACGUUUAUUGUGAUGAUGGUGACGAAUCAAUCGUGACACAACAAGAGAUAUGACAGAGAAAAAGAUUAUAUAUGGAGUUCUAUAUCAAAGAGAUAUUUGGAUAAAUUGUUCUGGAUGAGAGAGAUGCUUUUGUGGAUUGUGUAAUUGUCCUGUAUGACUGGAAACUGAUAAUAUAAUCACUGGUGCCUACCAGACUA